AUGGAGCUAAUUAAUGCUAUACGGAAUUGUUUGAAUUCGAGCGUGUUACACGUUCUACAACCAACAAAUCAUGACCUUGAUAUGGUUCUCCCUAUAGCAGUUGAGGAUGUUAAGCGUGAAGUCAGGAUAUUGAAAGAACUAACAGGCCAUGAAAAUGUGGUUCAGUUCUAUAAUGCUUUUGAGGAUGAUUCAUACGUGUACAUAGUUAUGGAGUUAUGUGAGGGUGGAGAACUGCUAGAUCGGAUAUUGGCCAAGAAGGACAGUCGUUAUACUGAAAAAGAUGCAGCUGUGGUCGUAAGGCAGAUGCUUAAGGUUGCAGCUGAGUGUCAUUUACAUGGGUUGGUUCAUCGGGACAUGAAACCAGAGAACUUUCUUUUCAAAUCAACCAGAGGAGAUUCACCUUUAAAAGCCACCGAUUUUGGGUUGUCUGAUUUCAUAAAACCUGGAAAGAAGUUUCAAGAUAUUGUUGGCAGUGCUUACUAUGUUGCACCAGAAGUGUUAAAACGGAAGUCAGGUCCAGAGUCAGAUGUAUGGAGUAUUGGUGUGAUUACAUACAUAUUGCUUUCUGGGAGGCGCCCAUUUUGGGAUAAGACUGAGGAUGGUAUCUUCAAGGAGGUGUUACGAAACAAGCCUGAUUUCCGGCGGAAACCAUGGCCAACCAUAAGCAAUGCUGCAAAAGAUUUUGUGAAGAAAUUGCUGGUAAAAGAUCCUCGUGCAAGAUAUACUGCUGCUCAGGCUCUAUCACAUCCAUGGGUUAAAGAGGGAGGAGAGGCAUUGGAGAUUCCUAUUGACAUAUCUGUCCUGAACAACAUGAGACAGUUUGUGAAGUAUAGUCGGUUGAAACAGUUUGCACUAAGGGCAUUGGCUAGCACACUUAAUGAAGAAGAGUUGUCUGAUCUAAAAGAUCAGUUUGAUGCAAUAGACGUGGACAAAAAUGGUUCUAUUAGUCUUGAAGAGAUGAGACAGGCUCUUGCUCAAGAUCUCCCUUGGAAGUUGAAAGAAUCACGUGUGCUAGAGAUAUUGCAAGCGAUAGACAGCAACACAGAUGGGCUAGUGGAUUUCACUGAGUUUGUGGCAGCUACAUUACAUGUACAUCAGUUGGAGGAACAUGAUUCUUUUAAGUGGCAGCAACGAUCACAGGCUGCUUUUGAGAAAUUUGACUUGGACAAGGAUGGCUACAUUACUCCAGAAGAACUUAGAAUGCAUACGGGUUUGAGAGGCUCCAUUGAUCCAUUGCUUGAGGAAGCGGAUAUAGAUAAAGAUGGAAAGAUCAGUUUACCAGAAUUCCGCAGACUUCUAAGAAAUGCAAGCAUCGGUCGAAACGUGUUGAGCCCGAGUCACCAUCAUCGAAAGAUAUAG